GAUCUUUAGCUGUUAGUUCAGGUUUUAAAUCGUUAAUUUGGAUGAUGUUGCAGGGCAAUGGAGGAAUUAGAUAACAAAGAUUUCCAGGGGCGGCUGUUGCAUAUUUUACCAGCUAAGAAGCCUGAUAAACAAGUGUCAGUGACCAGUUCUAUGUUUCGGUCUGUAAUAUUUGUUUUUUAGACUAGAAUUUUCAUCAGUUGUUGUUUAUCAUGGCUUUCCCCAACAGAAAUAACUCUUCUAAUCUGCCAAAAGCAUUCAAGCAAAAGAGGGAGGAACAAAGAAAGGCGUCUGAAGCCAGUGGAAAUACAAAAGCUUGGAAUAGUUUUUUCAUGCGACCCGAUACUGUCGUGGAAAACAUAGUCAGGUGUUAUGGUGUAACAAAGAGUGAGUUUCUUGACCGUGAAUGCGACGAUCCUGCAGUACGACUUGCUUUGGGAGAAACAAAAGUGAUUAUGGAGACCAAAGAAGCACUUGCUAAAGCUGGAGUACGUGUCACCUCUUUGGAAGAAUUUUCUGCACGGAAAGGUGAUGUGAAGAACCGAAGCAAACAUAUUCUCUUAGUAAAGAAUUUGCCAUUUGCUUCCAGUGAAAAGGAACUGGCUCAAAUGUUUGGAAGAUUUGGAAGUCUAGACAAAAUUGUUCUCCCUCGGACGAAGACGUUGGCUUUGUUUGUUUUCCUUAAACCGGCUGAGGCACGUGCAGCUAUGAAGGGAAUGAAAUACAAGCGUUACAAAGAUGCUCCCCUGUAUCUGGAGUGGGCUCCUGAAGAUAUUCUUGAGCCAAAAGCACUUCCUGAUAACAAUGAAAAGACGAGUGAUGUUGAAGAAAAUGAUGUGAGAAGACUCAACUUGGAUCAGCAGGUUGGAAUCGAUUUGGAUAUAACUGAGUCAAAUGUCCUUUAUGUUAAGAAUCUGAACUUCAACACAACUGAUGAGAGUUUGAGGAAGCAUUUGACUGAACUGGUGAAGCAGGGAAAGAUUCUGAGUGUUAAGAUAAAAAAAAAUGGGAAGAGUCGUCCUCGUUCAAGCGGUUAUGGUUUUGUAGAAUUUGACUCCGUAGAGACAGCGACCAGUGUCUACAGAGAUCUACAGGGAACAACUUUUCUGGAUCGGCAUAAAUUGAUCUUGAGAUUCUCUGAAAACAAGCGGAGUGACAAGACUUUGGCAAAGUUACAUGUGAAAAAUGUAGCUUUUGAAGCAACCAAGCAAGAACUAAGACAGCUUUGCAGUCCAUUUGGACAGAUCAAGAGAGUUGGGCUUCCAGAGAAGAAUCCGGGAAGAUAUGCUGGUUAUGGUUUUAUUGUAUUUGGGACAAAGCAAGAAGCUUUAAACGCUAAAAAGGCAUUAUCCAACACCCAUUUCUAUGGACGCCCUUUGGUAAGUCUUAUGUUGUGUAGUCAUCUCUCUAGCCUGUUCAUUUUGACAUCCUUGGAUGCAUCCUCAACUCUCUCUAUAUGAGAUCUUUGCAGGUGCUCCAGUGGGCUAGGGAUGACAAGAGAAAAUCUUCUGCUGCCAAGUAUGUGCAAUAAUCCAAAGAAAAGGAAAAGCUCGACA